AUGGCUGCCAUCCUCAAGUUCUUGAGGAGCAUCUACGACCUCGAUAACCUCGACACCCGCUUCGCGAGCUCCUCUUCCGUUCCCUACAAGACCAUCGUCGAGGCCCGAACCGAUCCCGCGCAGAGCAAGGAGCCGCCCAACAAGGUCCAAAGCCGCUCCCAACCGUCGAAAUGGGGGACACCGGAAUACCUCCUCUACAUCUUUCUGCUUUCAUUCAUCGUGCCAUACAUGUUUUGGAUCGCGUAUGAUGUAUCAAGGCCUUCCGACCCUCGAUACCACAACUACGAACGCUUCCUCCGUGAUGGCUGGAUAUUGGGUCGCAAGAUCGACGUAUCCGAUUCACAAUACCACACGUUCCGCGAGAACCUCCCGUUCAUGGCCCUCCUCCUGGCCUUCCACCCCCUCCUCCGCAAGCUCUGGAACACAGUCUUUCCGAUCCCCUCGGACCUGCACAAAAAGUCUGUCUCCGAACAGGGCGACGCCCGCCUCGAGCAGCGCGCCUCCUUCGACUACCGCUUCGCCCUCGUCUUCCUCGUCGCCCUGCACGGCUUCUCCGCCCUCAAGGUGCUCGCGAUCCUCCACAUCAACUACCAGCUGGCGACCCGGCUCCCGCGCCGCUACGUCCCCGCCGCGACGUGGACGUUCAACAUCUGCAUGCUUUUUGCGAACGAGCUCUGCGAGGGGUACCGCUUCGCCGCCAUUGCGCGACACAUCACCCCGCCGCCCGCGACGAAGAACUUGCUCGAUGAAGACCCCUUUCUCGUGAGGUGGGGUACAUGGAUGGACCGUCAUGGCGGCCUCAUGAGCCGCUGGGAGAUUCUCUUCAACAUCACCGUCCUACGGCUCAUCAGCUUCAACUUGGACUACUACUUCAGCCUCGAUCAACGCAACGGAAGUCCCCUAGAGGUAAGAUCAAAGCUCUGUCAUACCAACCCCCUCGACAUCACUGACGUCCCCAAGAAGAAGCAACUCGACCCCUCCAACCUCUCCGAACGAGACCGCCUCGCCAUCUCCGCCGCGCCCAAGGACUACUCCUUCCGCAACUACGUCGCCUACGCAAUCUACGCGCCCCUCUACCUCGUCGGCCCCAUCAUGUGCUACAACGACUUCAUCUCCCAGCUCCGCCACCGCCCGGCCUCGAUCGAGACCCCGCGCACGAUCCGCUACGCCGUCCGCUUCCUCCUCGGCCUCCUCGCCAUGGAAGUUGUCCUGCACUACGACUACGUCUGCGCAAUCUCCCACGCCGGGCCCGACUGGUCCACCUACACGCCCGCCCAGCUCUCCCUCCUCUCCUUCUUCAACCUCCACAUCAUCUGGCUCAAGCUCCUCCUGCCCUGGCGCCUCUUCCGCCUCUGGGCCCUCAUCGACGGCGUCGACGCCCCCGAGAACAUGCUCCGCUGCGUCUCCAACAACUGGUCCCCGAAAUCCUUUUGGAAGGCCUGGCACCGCUCCUACAACCGCUGGCUCAUCCGGUACAUUUACAUCCCCCUCGGCGGCGCAAACUUCCGCUCCUGGGCCACCACCGUCCGCUCCAUCGCCACGUACCUGCUGGUCUUUACGUUCGUCGCCCUCUGGCACGAUAUCCGUCUGCGCCUGCUCAUCUGGGGCUGGCUCAUUGUGCUCUUCCUGCUCCCCGAGGUCCUCGCGCAGCUCCUGUUCCCCGCGCGCAAGUGGGAGGGCAGACCGGAUACGUACCGGCGGAUCUGCGCCGUGGGAGCUGUUGCGAAUGUGCUCAUGAUGAUGAUCGCCAACCUUGUCGGUUUCGCUGUCGGACUCGACGGCUUGCAGAGCAUUCUCUCUGGUAUUCUGCACGACUGGUCAGGUGCGCUGUUCUUUAUGAGUGCGUUUGCCUCUUUGUACAUGGGUGUCCAGGUCAUGUUUGAAAUCAGAGAGGCCGAGAUGCGAAGAGGCAUUUCACUAAAGUGUUGA